AUGGAUGAAAUGGAAGAGCCAAGAGAAGUGAGAAGAUCAGAGAGAAUUCAGAACAAAGUUGCACAAAAAGGUGAGCUAUUUUUUUAAAAAAAAUAAUUUUUUUUUUUUUUUCUAGUGCAAGUUAAGCUUGGAAACACAUUACGAAGCGUUUCCGACCGAGUAUUUGUUCAAAUUUGAAUUGGUUAGUACAACAGAAACCUUUUUUAUUUCAAUUUUUCUGAAAACUGAGUGGGUUGAACCAAUUUUGAGUGGAAGAUGAUUUUUCUUACUUUGAACACUGUCUUGAAAUCAAUGAGGAACGUAAAAUUUAGCUAAAAUUGAAACGAUUACUUCAUUUCCUCUCAAUAGCACUUCAAAGCUAAAAGUCGCUCACUACGAAUAUUUGCAAUACGGACGCGCGCAACUCUCUUUGAGGUCCGGCGCACUUUAUUCAUAACCAAUGCCACUCAAUCAUUUUUUGAUUCACUUUUUACAGAAAAUAACAAUGAACGGCGAGAAGCGAGAAGCAACAAAAAGCGAAUUUCGAUCAAAGCCAGAAGAAAAAUCGGAAGAUGAAGAAGAAAGGCUGGAAGACGUCGACGAAGACCUGGAAGACGGGAAAACUCAAAGCCGCGAAGACGAGAACUCGGAAGAAGUUUGCAACAAAUUGAGUGAUCUCAAGGUUUUUUUGAGUAAAAAUGAGGGAAAAUCAAAAAAUAGUUACUUAUUGCAGUAUGCGUAUAACCAUUUUUUUCUAGUUUAAACUUCUUUUUUUUAAAGGUCAUGUUUGCAAAUGGAACGGCUUGGCUUCGAAAUGCGCCCGACUCAAAACGAGUUGCGCGGAGACGCUUUCAGAGAUUCUAUGUGCAAACGUGGCCCUUUGAGACCUGAAAAACAAAAUAAAAUAAAAAUCGAAUUCUGAUGAUCAUAUUUCAGAUUACGGAGAAUCAAGAAAAAAUCGACAAGAAGGAAGAUUCUGGUUCGAAUCCCGUUUUGGAAGACAAUGUGAUUUCAAAGCCUGUAGCUGUACAUAGCGAUGAAGACGGAAUAACGAAGAUUUCAAUCGAGACUGAAGAAAAAGAGACUGUGAACGACAAGGCCAAGAAAGGAGGACCAGUGGAAGUAGUUGUUGGAGAUGAUCAGAAAAAGAAGCUCAAGAACGAGCUGGGCUCGACAGAACAAGACGGAAAAUUCAGAGAAAAGCCGGAAAAAAGCCAGGAAGCUCCGAAGAAGCAAAACGAUUUUUUGAAGAAAGCUGAACAAGACGGCAAGCUGACCAAAAUGGCUGAUAAAUAUGAAGGUUCUGCCAAAGCUGGACCUGAAGAAAACUCGAGUUUGAAAGGAGAUGAGGACACUACCAAAAGUUCAGAAAGUUCAAUUCGAUCAGAAAAAGUGAACUCGGGCGGGUUUGUAGUUGUGAACCCCGCGCGUCGCCUACAUCAAUCGGAAGCUGGAACAUCGGAAAAAAUGAAGAAAGAGGAGCUAAACUUGACUGAGACGACUGCAGCAAAAAAUGAUCGGAAAGAGGAAAGGCUGCAAAAUGAAACAAAAGCGAAGGAACCGAAAAAAGAUGGAGUAGAAUCUCCAAACUCGAAGAACUUAGAAGUUGAAGCAAGAAUGGAAAAAGUGGAAACAGAAGCCCAAAGAAACAGGGAAAUCGCUGAAGCUUCGGAGAAACGGCAGAAAGAUCUGGAUGAGAAAGAAGUUAAGCAGACAAAUGAGAGAGAUACCUUGAAUCGGCGAUCCUCGAUGGUUACAAAACAAGAAGCUGAACUGAGGGAGAAAUCUGAAUCUCAACAGAAGCAGCUUGCUCAAGAAAGAGAGAAACCAUUAAUAAUGGAAAUUGAACUCGAGGCGGAAAAGAAAAAACUGUCCGAAGAGCGUGACGAGUUGGAAAAGAAAGAAAAUUUACUGAAAGAAUCGGAAAGAAUUUUCAAAAGUAAGGAAGCCGAGCUGAUCGAACAAAAUACCAGACUGUCAGAAGAACGCGAAAAGUUGACUUCAGACCUCAAAAACAAUCAAGGAAAGUUUGAAGAUCUGGAAAAGACGCUGAAGGACUGCGGAAAGAAACUCGAAGAAGACAAGUUGAAAUAUCAGAGAGAUUCUGAGGUUCUGGAAAAACGAGAGAAGAAGCUCGUAAAAGACAGGGAGAAGCUGCAAGAUGAUGAGAAAACUCUAGAAAAGAUGAAGGAAGAGCUGGACCGAGAAAAGAAAGAAAUGGUGAGUGAACUAAAUAAGCUGAAAUCCAAGGAAAAAGACUUUCUGGAGAAGAAAGCUGAGCAAGAAAAGACGCUGAAGGAAAUGACUGAAAAACUACAACAAGAAGGGUUUGAGAACCAGAGAAAAAGAGAAUAUUUAAAGGAGCAACAAAAACGUCUCGAGUUGGAGAAAGAUGAACUACAAGCUAAGAAGAAGUCUUCGCGACAGUUCCACGAAGCUCUGGUACAAAAAGAAGAAGAGCAGACAAAAAAAGAAAGAAGCCUGGAGAAGGAGAAGAAAAAACUGUCAGAAGAACGUGAAAAGUUGACUACUUUUGAAGGAGACCUCAAAAGUGAAGAAGCUAGACUAGAAAGCAUAAAAAAGACUCUGGAAGAGCGGACGGAUCAAUUGAAGAGGGACGGGCAGAAGAACCUGGAAAAAGCUGAAUCUUUGAGAAAUCAGGAGCACCAACUCGGUAAAGAUAGAGAGAAGCUUCAAAAAGAAAAAGACGGUUUCAGGAAAGAAAAGGAAAUGUUGAAAGAGGAUAAAGACGACUUGAAAAGAGAGUACGAGGCUCUACAAAAAGAGAAGGAAAAACUGAACUCGGGCUGGAAGGAUGUUGAAAACGAGAAGAAAGACGCAACCAAGAAACUCGCAGCCGCUCACGAACUUUUCUCCAUUGCCAUGAAAAAAAGCGAAGAGAACAAGGCUAAGGAGAAAGAAGUACAACAGCUGAAGGUCGACUUGGAUGGGGAAGAAUCCAGAAUUGUUCAAAAUCUUCGACAGCGAGAAGCGAAUCUGAGAAGGAACGAAGAAGAAAUGAAGCGAAAGACUGAAGAACACCAACGAGAACUGGAAAGGCUCCGAGACUGGGAAGAAAGACUCACAAGGAGAGAAGAGGAAAGGCAACGGAAUGAAGUACGAGUGAUCCCUGAAGCGAGUAUAGUUCCUCAACUUCGAGAGUCGUCUUUCGACUACGCGGCGCGGAACAGGAUAAAAACGGAAGAAACUCGGCAAAGGCUGCAAGAAGAAAGAGAAGAGCGAGAAAGAAAAAGAAAAGAGAAAAAUCGCGAGCUGGAAGAAUUGCAAGAAGAAGGAAGGAGGAUCGACGAGGAGAACGAUCGGAGACUUGCUGAGCAACUCGCGAAACAGGAAGAGAAUGACAGAUUGGAAGAAGAGAGGCUUCGACGUGAAGCAGCGGCAAGAAAGGAGGCAAGUGAACGAGAAGAAGUCCGACGAAACCGAGAAGCGAAGGAGCAGGAGUCUCGGAUGGCUCAAAUGAAUAGGAAUAUGAGAAUCGAGAAGCGAUGGAACACCCAGCUGGUCGAACUGAAAGGCUCCUACUUCAAACUGUUCAACUUGUUCGAAGGCGCAAAUUUCUCGGUGAGUGACUGAAGGAGCCUAUCAUAGGGUCAGUGAGAAAUGAGGAAUUAAUGUCAGGUUCUAGAGCUCGCAUUUCCAAAAACCACUUGAAAGUUUAAAAUUACAAGACUUUUUUGCGAAAAACUCAAGCGAAGGACCGGUGUACACAAAUUUGCCUACCGUAAUCCAAUAUUGAAAAAUGAAAAUUGGUAUUUUUCACAGAGCAACUUGGCGGGAGUUCAAAACUUUUCAAAGUGAGUAUUCUUUAGAAAGCGUUAGUUUUGUGCAGUGUCUAGUGGAAAACGACAAGAAAUUUCUCAAAACUCGCUUCUUACUGACCAUACGCCUUUGAUUGUGAAGUUUGAAGUUUCCUGACAACUUGCCCCUUUUUGAAAGGCCAGACAAAGGUUCUAUUUUCGGGCAAAGCCAACAAAGAACCAGGCUUGAAACCAAUCACAUCCCUCAAAAUUAUAGUCAGUGUGCCAAGACUUGACAUUUCACGGUACGACAUUCCGCUGUUCCGCUGCGUGCGUUCGCGAAGCGUCUUUCGAAUCUAGGUCGCGAUCUCAAUUGAUGGUUAUUGCGGUGGGAGCACAUGAAAGUAGAGAACCUCAAUAAAAAAAAAAAUUAAAAGCGCGACCAAGGUUCGCAAAGGCGCACAGCGGCACAGCGGAAUAUCGUUUGGUGAAAUUCCAAGUUGUGGUACACAGACUAUAUAUCAACUUCAGCGUCUAGGAAUUAUCCGUUUGAGGCCUGAUUUUCAUUUGAAGGAGGUUUGAAUGUUUGAAAAUGCAAUAGGAAGCUUAUGCGCAGCUCGAGACUAUCAGGGAUCUUUCUUUGGUUGGACCUUUGAUAAAUUUCUGGGCACAUUUUCUUCCCUUGAGAAAAUUCAUUUUUAGACCAGUCAAAUCAUUUAUUUUGUUGUUUUAGUCUGAUGUAAUCGACUAGGUGGUGAACAAGAACUUUAAAAGCUAUAACGAACAACCGCCUUUGGCGAACUAGAAGUCCAAACAUGUGGUUGAAAGAGUUGGAAGCAUGGUCUUACGGUCCUUCGCCUCGUCCUUCUGCGCGUAAUCCAUCCAGUUGCGCCUUGACGAGCUCAGAAUGUAGUGGAUGGUAGAGCUGGAGCCCGGAGACCGUGCUCUAGGUGGAAGCCUCAGAAGUAGAGCGACCACUUCAAGUGAAGAUUUUACACGGAAUUCUGCGGAAAAAUCAAACUUCACGCUAGAAAGACCAACCUCGUGAGAGCCACUUUUGAAAGAAAAAGUUCAGAUCCAGUCGUUUUCCGGAGCUCCCAAAGGAAGCUAUCAUUUCGAUGUCGACAGAUUUUCCGCCAUGGUUUGUCAUCUUUCCGAAAUUUCCAUUUUAAGGAAAAAGUUGUAGGGAAAGAUCGAAUCAGCAGUUCAAGAAUGCUCAAAUCUCAUCCGCGUCUAUUCCUACGCGGCCGAAAAACUGAACGGAUUCUAUUCUCGCAGUAGAGCUCCUUUUCUGAAAGACAUCGAGGUAAAUGCGAUCAAUCUCAGGGAAAAUUCCUUUUUUCAGAGAAAAGUCCAAGACCUUCUGAUAAUCGCCGAAAAGUUGAAGCCGCUGUUGAAGGAGUCAAUGAACGAGUUUGCAAACUGGGAUCAAGUAGAAGUUCUGAUGGAGAAGAUGAAGAAGUGUUCGGAAACCGUUCCAACAACGUCCGAUCUGAAGAACAAAUACGCAAGAAGAUGA